UUCGGUCACACUAAACUGCACUUUUGACAAGAAUUCGCCUCAAUUCGCUAUUUAAAAACGCAAAUGCAAUGCCGGACAAUUUCCCUCCGUGUGCCAUCCGUUUAUGGAUGAAUAUGCUGAAUAAGGGCUCGGCCCAGCCGGUGGGCCUUCUUCAGAACUGCCUGGUGCCGGCCAUGAGCAAGGAAGCGGCUAAAUUGGCAGUGAAGAUUGCAACCGAACGUGGCAUCUUGGUGACCAAUAAAGACGCCAAGGUCAGGCGCCCCACUCUCAAGUUCUGCCAGAAGCUGAACUCGCUGCGCAAAUUUGCAAAGGAUCCGUACUGCUACGAAUGUCAUCUGCCCGGAGAGCUUAGGACGUGCGUGACCUGUGAUCGCUGCUUCCACAACGAGUGCCAGCGCAAGGACCCCGAGAAGCCCACCUACGUGGUUCCCUCUGACAAGGAUCAACCAUUUCAGUUCCCUCUCAGCGUGCCGGACGAGGACAAAGAUAAAAGUGCAGAGGUGGUGGCCCCAACGCCCUCUCCACAGCCUCUUUUAGAUCACAACAGCAACAUUCAACAAGCCGCGCCGACACCCCAGACUUCGCACUUCGUCAAGCACGAGAACUACGAGUAUGACGACGACGUGUUCUAUGUCAGCGAAAAAAAGGGGGUCCGUCAGCGUUCGAAGGCCACUGUAAAGAACGAAGAGGGUCUUAAUUCGGACACCGAUACGAACAGCGAGCUAGAGCACUGCACUCGCUGUCGGCUUCUCAAGCUAGCCGCUAUCCGGAACCCGCCGCAAUUGGACAAAAAAGAGUUGUCCUCUCUCUUGGGCAAAGUCUGGGAUGACAGUCACAGCUGGAUGAGCACAGACGUGGCCACGUACAUGGCCAAGCUCUGGAAGAACCGUGAUAUUGCGCUGGUCAAGCGUAUCCUCUUCAAAACUGAUAUCCUGGGAAUGGCCGACAUCAAGCGGAACAUUGAGGCUGAAAAGUACAAGUACUUGAUGGAGUUUCACGCCGAUUUGCUUGACUUUCAGCACAACACUGCUGUGUUUUUUGGCCACCAGGCCGAGGAGUACGAACCCACCAAGAGGCUGAUCCGGGAUGUGUCACACUACAUCCAGGAAAUUCGUAAAUGUGUCGAUUGCUUUCGAUAUUCCAAUGAGUCCAAUCUGUCCAAGAUGUGGUUCGCCAAGCCCUGUACACAGCGCCACGAGUUGGUUCUUGCCAAGACUGCAGGCUACCCGCACUGGCCAGCAAAGGUCAUAAGCGUCUACAGCGGCAAUCCAAAUAGGUAUGAUGUUCGCUUUUUUGGCGGGGACCAUUCCCGAGCUUUGCUCGCCGAAAAGGAUAUAAUUCCCAUUGAUCUGGAUACUGAUUUACAUUUCAAAUCAAAAAACACGCACGGCUUCAACGACGCCUUGAUGGAACUGCAGUGCCACAUGAUGCUGUCCGGCUAUUCCGCUACUCUCUUUGGCUUCUAUGCUGAUUCCACAGAAGCCGAAGAGCUCAUUAAAAUGGCCCUGUCACGCUGCACCAAAUCGAGCGUCCCCCAAACCCCGGGCAAGCGCGGCAGACCGCCGACCCCGGCAGCUGCAAAGAAACGCAAGCUGCCGAAUACCCCCAGUUGCAAAUCUCCAGCGCCUACUCGUGUGAUGCCUCGACGUAGCGUGGUGCUGCGGGAGAACGGAAGCUCAGCCAACCAACCGGAGAAUGGAGUAUAUCAGAAUCUAACCGAGCAAAUCCUGAAGGCCCACGACGAUCUGCAGAAGUACCAAAGCGAAUUGGCCGCCAUGCAGCAGAAGCUUAAUGAUGCGAAGCUUAAGCGUUGGUGCCACCAUUGCCUGGAAGAGGCCGCGUUCGACUGCUGCUUCGCUGCGUCCUACUGCAGUGCCGACUGUCAGCGUCGCAAUAAAAGACGCCACCAGGCAGUGUGCAAAGUCAAUCAAUAAAUCAAGAUGCCUGGUGAUAAAGAAA